AAAUAACAAAAACCCCAGAAAAAAUACUGAAAAAAACUCUCAAAUUUAAAAAAUAUAAUAAUUAAAAAAAAGUGUUUAAAAUUGUUUAAAUAUACUAUACCUUCAUAGGUAAAAAGCAAAGUGUUUUUUAUUAAAAAUAAAAACAUACAUAAAGAAUCCCUUGAAUAAAAUUUAAUACAUUACAAAGAAGUAAAUCCCUAAAAAUGGUUUGCAAAAAUUUCAAUCCCCCGUCAGGGUUUAUAAACAUCCUUUCGAGUUGGUGAUGAAGGCCUAUGAAAAACGUUUUCCCACCUGCCCUCAAAUGCCCAUAGUUCUCGAUUGUGAAAUAACAAAAGAUGAAAUUUUAGAAAAUGGCGCUAAACGUAAUACCAGCAGACGUUGCAAACUAGCCGUAGAUGCUCCCUAUAUUUUCAAGAAAUUAAUAGGCGUGGAUGUGGUCUAUUUUAUACAACAUAAUUAUCUGGAUUUGGCCAAUCGUACGUUAAGUAUCGAGGCUACAAAUGAAAGUUUUUCUUCACGCAUUGAGAUUUUUGAAAGAUGUCGUUACUAUGCCCAUCCGGAUAAUCCGGAUUGGACGUGUUUUGAUCAAACUGCCACUUUAGAUAUAAAGAAUUUUUUCGGUUUUGAACAUUCCAUGGAGAAAAUGGGCAUGAAACAAUAUACCCAAACAACCCUCAAAGGUAAAGAGAUUAUAGAGUUUUUCAUAGAACAACUAAAGGAGGAGGGUGUUACUGAAGUAGAAAGAUGGCAGCCGCCACCCGAUGCUCCUUUAUCGCCCAAAUCGCGUGAAGAGGAGGAAAAAGAGCAAAUGGAUAAAAAUAAUUCUUCACAUGAUAUAUUAUUAGAUGGCGAUUUUAUUGCUAAACAUUUGGGUCAAUUGACACCCAUGCAGGAAUCUAAACUAUUGGAACUGAGAAAAUUGCUAGAUGAAAUCGAAGAUUUAGAAAAAAUGCCAAAUUAUCAGACAAUUUUGAGAUUCCUGAGAGCCCGUGAUUGGCAUGUUAAUCAAGCUUUUAAUAUGUUGAGGGAUUCUUUGAAAUGGCGACAGGAAAAUAAUAUAGAUUCUCUGUUAAAGGAUUAUAAAACGCCCUCAGUGGUAACGGAACAUUUUCCAGGUGGUUGGCAUCAUUAUGAUAAGGACGGCAGACCUAUUUAUAUUUUGCGUUUGGGUCACAUGGAUGUUAAGGGUUUGUUAAAGGCAAUAGGCUCGGAAGGUUUAUUAAAAUUGGCCCUACACAUUUGCGAGGAGGGCAUAGAGAAAAUCAAUGAAUCGGCUGAAAAUUUGGGUAAACCCAUUUUGGACUGGUUAUUAGUGGAUUUGGAAGGUCUUUCUAUGAGACAUUUAUGGCGUCCUGGUGUUAAAGCUUUACUUAAUAUAAUCGAAAAUGUUGAACGUAAUUAUCCCGAAACUAUGGGUCGUGUGUUGGUGGUCAGAGCCCCUAGAGUUUUCCCCAUAGCCUGGACUAUAGUAUCCGCUUUUAUAGACGAAAAUACCCGCUCGAAAUUUCUUUUCUAUGGCGGUCCCGAUUGUUUACACAUGCCCGAUGGUCUAGAACAAUAUAUAGAUAAAGACAUCAUACCCGAGUUCUUGGGUGGCUCUUGCAAGACCCUUAUCCAUGAAGGCAGUUUGGUGCCUAAAACUUUAUAUAAAAUGGGCUCUCUGGAGGAGGAGGAUGAUCAUAAUGAUGCGGAAGCCAAUAGUGCAAAAGGUAGCAAUAGUGCUUUAGGCGCAAAACAACAUUUACAUCAAAAUCUUUAUAAAACGGUGGAAUUGAAAACCGGCUAUACACAUGAGGUCGUAAUAAAGAAUAGCGAUCCCAAGAGUGUUUUAACUUGGGAUUUUGAUGUAUUGCGCAGUGAUUUACAUUUCACAUUAUAUCGAGUGACCAAAGAUUUGCCCGAGAAGAAUGAUUUAGCGGUUUCCUUCUUUGAUUCGGGAGAUUAUCAAGAGGGUGUCAACUAUUUCAAAGAAGAACCCAGUUUAAUAUGUCACAAUAAAGAAAGUGUACAGGGCUCCCAUGUUAUGAAUCACAAAGACAAUUAUGUUUUACACUGGUUCAGUCCCAGCUGCAGCUCUGAGGGUGCAGCCCAACUCAACUAUUUCUAUGAAGUAUUAAGUUCAGCCAAUUAUCGUGGCUCCAUGACCAGUUUACAAUCCGGUUUCUCUUCAAAUUCAGCGGCCAGUUCUUGCCAAAGUCGAUGAUAUGAGGCUAAUGCGGCAAAUCAGGAUAAUGGCGCCUAUGAUUUAACACAAAUGCCAGACGAACAUCAGCUCAAUUCAGGGACUUUAAUAGAAAAAAGUCUGAAUUAAGUUUUUAUUUUAUAAUUUUAAGAAAUGUGAUUUAUUUUAAAAUGUUUAAUUAACAAAACCCAAGCUAAAUAAGUUUAAAAUUGCCAAUAACCCUUAAAACACACAAAAGACCAAAAGCUACACUCACAAAAAUCUAUAAAAAAAAAAAACAAUAAAUUGUUAAAAAAUAAACAUAAAAAUUCCAUUUGUAAAUGGUUGUAAAUUGAAUUUUAAAAGAACAUAUUUUUUGUAAAGGUCAAUUGUUUAAAUAAACAAGCUUUUAAAACAAAUUAUAUAACAAUUAAAAAAUAAGAAAUUAUAAAGUUUUUUGCAUGGCCUUUUUUUAAAGAAAUUACUUUUUUUAAGCUUUUUAUAAAAAAAUUUUUAUAUAAAAAAUAACAAAACAAUUAAAACAUUUUAACUAAACUAUAGUUUUUCCUUUUAAGUUGCUGAUACUUUUAGUAAGUUGCUUUAAAUAAACUAAAUCUCAAUUUCAAAUAGAUUUUAUAUAAACUAUAAAAAAUUAUAUAUAAAAUAUUUAUAUAAAUUAUUACAAAACUUGUAUUAACUUAUUAAACAAAGCAGUUAUUUAUAAAACAAAAAAACUCAUUUAACUAUUAAUUAUACUUUCUCUAAAAUGUUUAAAUUAUGUACCACAUAAGAGUAAACAAAGUUUAGUAAAACAAAAAACAUAAUUACUAUAGCAAAUUGAUAAACAUAUAAAUAACAUUUAAGAAAAUUUUAAUCAAAUGUUUCAUGUUAAUUAAGUGUAUAAGUAAUAAAUUAUAAAAAAAAACCGAAUAAAAAACCAAAAAAA